AUGUUUAAAGUUAAUGAAAACCAUAAUAAUAUUUGGAGAUAUUCAUAUCCAAUAUGUUCAAGCAACCAGAGUAACAACAACAACAACAAUAAUGAUAUAUCAUCUUGGAAAGAUGGAAUGAUAAAUAAUAACAUUAAUAAUAAUAAUAAUAACAAUAGUUUUAAUUAUAUUUCACAAAAACGAUCAAUGACAGAAAAUAGUAUAGAUAUAAAUAAUAAUAAUAGUAAUAGUAGUAGUAGUAAUAAUAAGAAGAAUAAUAAUAGUGUAAAUAAUAGUUUUAAUUCAUUAAAUAAUUAUUUUCAAGAAGAAGAAAGAGAAGAUAGUGAUAGUUGGUCAUUCUAUUGCAAUGAAGAAUAUACUUGUAUAUCAGCACCUUCCAAUUCAUUUGGAAAUCUGACAGAGUUUGAUCUAUCUGCAAUCCUCGAACCAAGACCUGUCAAGUCAACCUCGAGAAUACAUGAACUACUGAAAGGUAAAAUCAGAGAGAGAAUAGGAAGACUGUUAAACAAUGAGGAAAUGAGAAAGGAAGGCAAAGCAAUAGAGAAAGGUGCAACUGACUAUGAAUUAAACUUGAGCAAAGCACAUGAAAGAGCAAAGAAACAAAUUCAACAAACAAACAACAACAACAACAAUAACAACAAUAGUAUUAAUAAUACAAAUAGUACCGACACUAAUUGGAACUCAAUUGUUCCAAUUACAAUCUUUAGAUAA